AUCUGGCUCAUCACAUCGGGCCAUAUAGAUCUUGGGUUUGCUGCCUAUUGCAAACACCACUUCCAUUCUUGUUUAGUUACGUCCCACAUCCCCCUCGACCCCCCAAAUUUAGGACCGCUGACCCUCACAACAUUUACCAUAUCAUCAUAUUCUCAGUAUCCAUUAAGUGCAUAGCGUAGGACUGACGUAGCAACGCGGAGAGAAGUGUCCUUGGUUCUUCCGAUCUUCUCGGAGGGCAUUGUGUAAUCUGAGCAUGUCUGAACCCAAGCCCUCGUUGGCCGCCGGUUCGGAGGAUGCGGAAGUCUUCAUAUCCGCUUCCGAGGAUGAAGCAUCGCAGCAAGAAAUUACACCAGAACUCCUAUCAUCGCUCGUCAAGCAGGUGGAGUUCUACUUUUCUGAUGCUAACCUACCUACUGACAAAAAGCUUCUCAAGCAAAUUCGCAAGGACCCUGAUGGCUAUGUUCCCGUGAAGCUCUUUGCCAACUUCCGCAAAGUCCGCGCCCUGUCCAAGGACGUUGCAGUCAUCACUGAUGCCCUGCGCGGGGCAACUCAGCUUCAGCUAUCGGAGGACGGCAAGCGUGUACGGCGCAUUGUGGCAGUACCAGAGUACGACAUUACCGACAUCCAGCGCCGCACCAUUGUCGUGGAGAACCUGCCCGGCAACCCAAGUCCAACGAUUGAGAGCGUGACCGACAUGUUCCGCAUGUACGGCCGUGUGAAGCUCGUCCGCAUUUGCAGCCGCGAGUCCAAGGGCAAGCUGCCCAGCUGGUUGACGAGCUCGUGCCAAAACAUGAUUGGCCAGCAGCAUGCAUACGUGGAGUUUGAGGAGGAGGAGGGCGCCAUCCUCGCCUCGGCCGCGCUAGCGCAGGAGUGUGAUGCACCAGAUGGUGUUGUGCAAGUUCGUCGGUUGCUAGCCUGCAUUGCCGAGCAACGCGAGCGUCGCAGCAACGGCAACGGCAGCAGCUGUGGCGGCGGCAGCAACAUUGGCAGUAGCAGUCGCAAGGGAAGCCGCGACGUGUCUCCCUUGGGAAGCCGUGCUGGCGGCAGCCGCCGCAACAGCAGCGGUGGCAUGUCGUACGGCACCUCGUAUGGCAGCCACUCGUGCGGCGGGGGCUCUUGGACUUGCACCUCGUCUGGUGGCGGCGCCAGCUUGGCUGCUGAUUCAUACCAUCAUGGGUACCACCACCACACGUACGGCGGCGCGUACGAGCAAGUUGGCAGUGGGAGCGCUUGCCAGCGCCGGAACAGCACAGCCGGAGGUGCGGUAUCGCCGAGGGGUCUUCCGCCUCCACCGCCUCCUCCUCCGCCACCGCAGCGGAGGAGCUGCGAUAGCGCUCCACCUUCGGAGAUGGCUCCUUCCGCCGCCAACUCCAACGGAGGAAGCAGCCUUGGCGGCAGCAGCGGUGGCGGCAACAACAGCGCUGUGGGCGACUUGCGCGCGCGCUUGAACAUCUACCGCCCGCCCGCCAAGCGGUUGUCAGACGGUUACAACCCGCCGAUUCCUGUCCCUCCAGUAGCGCUGCACCGCCAGUCCAAUGGCAGCUUCACCAGCAAUGCCAGCAGCAGCUACUGCGCCGGCGGCAGCAGCAUGGCCAGCACCCCCACCUGCGCCCCUUCGUCUCCCGCACUGUCCUCCUUCGCUCCCUCGCCACCGCUCCCCUCACGUGGAGCAUCUUCAGGUGGCGGCAGACCGCCAGCGCAUCCGCCUCUGCCGCCCCCGCCACCUCCUUCGUCCAAGUCCCAGGCCACCGAGGCUAUCCUCGCUGCCUCCUCUCCCAUGGCUCCUUCCUCGGCUACUGCUGCCAAUGCCCUAGCGGAGGCGAUUGCGCAGGCUCAGGCGGAGAGGCGUGCAUCAGAGGCGGGAGCUUCUGCAUUCCGGGAGAUCUCCGUUACUGCUGUUGCUCCUACCGCGCCGGCGGCUUCUAUCGCGGCAGUCAACGCUGCUGUUGCCAGCACUGCGGCCCCACCCCCACCUCGCCCUACUUCUGGAACCACCGCACCCAAGUUUUGCUUUGACCUGGGUGUUGGAUCUUCAACAUCCGCUGCUGCUGCCCCUUCGUCGUCCGGACAACUGGUCCGCUCCAAUUCGAGCAUAGAUGGCAGCAACACGAACAGCAGCAAGGGUACCGGUAACGCGGUUCCAGCAGGCACCAAGGCACAUGGCAGCAGCUGUGGCGGCGCCAUUGCCACCGCCCCGCUCCCUCGCGGCGGCACUCAGGCCCAAAUGGUCGCCAACGUUGAAGAUUUUAUCAACAACAUUCUGGCGCGUCCCGCAGCUCGCCCCAUCCCUGCACCUGCGGCUGCCGCAGCAGCCGUGGCUGCCGCUGCCGCUGCCCAGCAACGCAAAACCGCAGCGACGCCGUCAUCAUCCUCUUCAUUCGCUGUGCCCGCCGUCAAGUCCUCUGGCUCGUCAUUCACGUCCACGUCAUCUCAGCAAUCUUGGUCUCAACCAUCCUCUGCUCGGGCCCCGCAGCAGCAGCAACUGCAGCAGCAGCCCCUAGAUGCCGCCGCUGCUGUGGCUGGCAUCCUGGCCUCCGCCCUGCGCCGCCCCGCAGGACCGCCCCCGGCCCCAACUGCCCCAAAGACCGCAGCAGCACCCUCUAACGCCUCGUCCAAUACAGCUUCAGCUGCCGGGACCCCAAGGGCUGCUCCCUUCUCCGCUCCCUUGGUGUUCCUCACGGCCAUGACUACCGCGGAUGGGGAGGACAUUCCGACUGAGGAGCUGCUGGCGAACGCUGUAACGGUCACCGUGCAUCACUCGGGCUCAUCUAAGAAGGCCGCCGGUGCUGCUGUUGUGCCUUCUGCUGGUGUUCAAGCCCCCGUCAUUCCGGCGGACUUGCCACCGAUUAAGGUUGCUGCGGCAGUUGCCGCUGCUGCCACAGCUACUACCACCAGCACCGGGAGCGCUAGCAUGAGCGAGGGUAAUGCUGCUAGCGCCGGUAGCAGCUUGACCAGCAGCCCACGUCAGGGAUUAUAUAAUGGCUAUGCCAACAGCAAUAACGGCUUCAGUAGCAAUGGUGCCGGUCGUGCGAUGAACCACCAGCCUGGAUCCAAGCGCCUAACCCGCCGCGAAUACGCCCAAUGGGCAGCCGCCACUCCCAAUUUCCGCGCUGAGGCUGCCUCCAAGUACGGCAAUGUUGUUGUUGCCGCUGCAAGUGCCGGGAUGAACAACAGCAGCAACAGCGCCGGCGGCUCGGCCGGUUACGUGCACUCUCGUUGCAGUGCCGGUGGCGCUGCUCCUGCUGCCGCUGCAGGAGCUCCUGCAUGCGGCGGCGGUGCCGAUGUCAACAGCCCUUCAGCUCUGGCGUCAAUUUCUGACGGCGGUGCAGCGGGUGUGGCUUGCCAUUCUGGUGCGCCACCCCAGCAGGGCGCCGGUAGCGGUGCCUCGGCUGCCAUUUGGCAUGUGGCCCGUGGGCCGGACGGCUCGCGGGGCUUUGGCGCGCGCAUCCGGGCAUAGGUAACAAACCUGCGGUGACAAUGGUUUUUGGUUUCGGUAGGCCUAUGGGCGUCUAGAGUUUGUUCGGUGAUUGGCGUCUUUGCAGGCGUCUUUGUCUAUUAGUGCGGCUUUGCAGCCGGAUUGUAUAAUUGCAACAAAGGAGUGUGACCAGAUGGGUGUUUGCGGGGUUUAAUGGUCAGAACAGGUAGCAGAAGGUCGUCACUAGUAAGCUAUGCAAGUGAUGUGGCGACGGCAGCUCUUAAUAAAUCAUAGCCGUGUGCUACCUAUAGACGUACUACUAGUGCGAACAUGCUGUAGUUGUAGGGGACUCUUUAUAUAGCUCUCCCAUGGGCGUACGGAAAUAGAAGACACUUCUGGUAGCACCCGGGCACUGCUGUUGUACCAGCUCAGCGCGUGGCCUCUUGAUUGUCGUACAGGGCAUUAAUAUGGCUGUUCGCACAUCGUUAGGCAUGCAACUGGUACAAAAGGACAGGUGUAUGCUCCCCUGCUGAAACAUUCAGGGGCUUAGAUGGAACGGAAAUGGAUGUUUGGUGGAAUACUUGAGGAUCUUAAGGUUUGGUUCUUUGGUCUUGACACGUUGGAAUGGUUCGGAUUGACCGCGGUGUACUCGCCAGGCACGCACAUUUGUCUGGAUGGUUAGUGCAGACCUAGUUCCACCUCCCAUGGCCCAUUAGCUGGUGUGAUAAUUUUUACAUUUUGACCCACUAAGUGCUUUUGCGACUGAUACCUUGGAGGAGAUUAAAGUGACGGCAGAACGUAGAGUAAGCAAAACAUGUUAAUAGUGCAAAUGUUAGGCCCGCCAAUCGUGAAGUAAGGUGCGUGUCCAGGGCCCUGUGUGGAUGAUGGAAUACAGUCUUGAGUUGACAUCCGGGGGGCCUGAAGCGUGCGCCAGUGUACGAUUGUACGGAAUGCUGAUGAUGCUUUAGCUGUCUUUAAUGACUUUAACAGACUUGAUGGUCACAGGCAAGGCGACUUAACAUAUGGGCCAUAAAUGUUUGCUUGAUGGUGGGUAAAACACACGAUACAAUGCUGCGGGGCAGGUGUGUUGGCCCGUGCCUCGUGGUCCCCCAGAAGAGUGUGGAGCCUUUUCACACAGCCUGUAUGUAGGUUGUUGGGUAUGGCGCAUAAUAGAAACGGACACGAUGCGAGUUUUUCGUCGUAACUCUUAAAACUUCUAGUACUUUUAGGUUCCAUGCGCGUCUCCUGUGGAAGUACGUAGCAAGGCCGUGCUGCCUCUUUAGGUUUUCUAUUCACUACUAAUGCGCGCAUCCGGGUAGGGAGGGUUGCCCGGGGGCGCUCUCAAGUCGCUUUGUCGGUGGUGGAGGGUUUGGGAGGAGAGGGGGUAAGAGAAGCAUUAUAAACGCUGCUAUGCUGGAUGGCAGUCGGCUUUUCUCCGCCGCUAUAUUUAAUGGUGCGCUUUGCUUAUUUGCCAUGGUAUGUCGCCCUUCUCUGUAACAGAGAAGCAAAAAUCGGAUGCUUCAAUCAUAUCGAUUCUCUUGAUUCGUUAGCGCCGCCUUCGAGAGCUGGUUUUCCUGGUGGACAUUUGUGGGCUGUAAGGCUUCUUACCACAGCACGCGUGUAUGUACUGUGCCGGAAAUGACCAGAACCUAGCCCUCUUGCAACCUGUACGUUUGCACUCUAGCACUCUAGGAUACUGCAACUUGUAAGCAUAACCUUUGCAGGCUUUAGGAUGGGGCUUGGU